AGCAUGAGCAGUUGUCAGAUUUUGCCGCUACCAACAACAUCAACAGUCCCCGCACAGAGUUGUAAUUUUCGCGUGGAAACAGUAAUUUUCACUUAAAACCAUGUCUAUUGGCGUACCAAUCAAAGUGCUGCACGAGGCCGAAGGCCAUGUGGUGACCUGCGAGACCAUCACCGGCGAGGUGUACCGUGGAAAGCUGAUCGAAGCCGAGGACAACAUGAACUGCCAAAUGACGCAGAUCACCGUGACUUACCGGGACGGACGCGUCGGAAAUCUGGAGAACGUGUACAUCCGGGGCUCGAAAAUCCGCUUCCUCAUACUGCCGGACAUGCUGAAGAACGCGCCCAUGUUUAAGAAGCAGGGCGCCAAGACGGGCACUGCCGGACGAGGCAAGUCGGCUAUACUGCGAGCACAGGCGGCCCGAGGCAGAGGUCGUGGAGCCGGAGGCGGCGGAGGAGGUGGUCGAGGCGGUAACAAAGGAGGAUGGCAAGGGCAAGGACAGCAAUCUUCCGGCCGUGGACGCGGAGGGUUGUAGAAACAUUUCGUCUACACUACUUCUAUCCUUUAGUUGUAAGCAAGCAUUUUAGGAGCUCGGCAGGCGGCAGGCAGGAGCUCGUCACAACAUUUGCAUCCAUACAUCGUAAGAAAAUGAUGCCGAUUAGGAGGCAAGACGUCCGGACGGGUAGCUUUCCGGUGGAGUGAAAAUACACGAAAUGUAACAUGCGGCGAGCGUGUAGGAUAACCACAUACUUCAUUAGAAAACUUUCUAGAAAUGUAAUUUGCAUUAAAGUGAAGUGAAUACAAUCGAACUCAAUGAAACAUCCAA